AUGGCGCUCUCCGCUCGCCUCUUCCGGCUCGCAGUGGCUCCGGCCGCCCGGCGCCCGAUGGUGUCGCCGAACCCCUGCGCCGCGCGCCUGUCGCGCCCCUUUUCUUCGGGCGGCGGCGACGCGCCGACGCCGCCCGGCGGCGACGCGCCCCCCGGUGCGGCGGCGGCCUCGGCCCCGCCCGCGGGCGGGCGGGGCGGCCGCGGCGGCGGCCGCGGCGGCGACCGGAGCCCCCCGGCGGGCCGCGGCGGCGGCCGGGGCCGGGGGCGGGGCAUGCCGGACCGGUUCUCGAACCGCGGCGGCCGCCCGGCGCUCCGGACGGCGGUGCUCCAGGGCCUCGAGCGCGAGACCCUCCUGGGCGACGUGCAGAUGAACCCCGCGGAACCGCCGCCCCGCGCCGACGACGGCGACCGCGGCGGAAAAGCGGACGGCUCCUCGGCGCUCGGCGCGGGCUGGGACGACGCGGCGCCGGAGGACGACGGCGACGCGCCCGUGGACAUGACCUACCUGCUCCGGCGCCGGCGCCAGGGCUCCAUCGUGUCGCCCGACGAGUACGACUUCGUCGCCCACCGCCACGACCGCGAGCGGCCCCACGAGUUGCACGCGCGCCUCGACGGCCACCGCGGCGACCGGCCGCGCUGCGACAAGAAGGCGGGCUUCCACAUCGUCCAGGCCGAGCACAUCUUCGCGGGCAACCUGCCGGCGCUCGCCGAGUUCGUCUCCGACGCGGGCAUGAUCCAGAAGCGAGACCAGAGCCGCCUCUGCGCCAAGUACCAGCGCAAGGUCAAGCGCGCCAUCAAGCGCGCGCGCCAGCUCGGCCUCGUGCCCUUCGACGCGGGCUUCGACACGCGCAACGACAUCGGCUUCCCGGACGCCGCGCACAAGGCCGCGGUCUCGAAGACCAUCUAG